AUGUCCUCCGCAACUCUCCUCAGCCUUUCAUGGCCGUCAAACCUCUCCUUCUCCCCGACCAUUUUCAAAUCCCCAAUUCUCCCAAACCAACAUCACCACCUCACCUGCAAUUCCACUAAACCACCAUCACCACCACCACCUACCCCCACCUUCAUCUCCAAUGGCACCCUCCACCACCACCACCAUUUCCAAUCACUGCUACUCAUGGAAUUAGAGCCUCUCAAAUUAGGGAUCGCCAUUCUCGGCCCAUUCCUCUCUGCAUUCGGAUUCCUAUUCAUGCUCCGAAUCGUCAUGUCAUGGUACCCCAAGCUCCCCCUCCACAAGUUCCCCUACCUCAUCGCCUACGCCCCCACAGAGCCCUUCCUCAUCCCCACCAGGAAGCUCAUCCCUCCCCUCGCCGGCGUCGACGUCACCCCCGUCGUCUGGUUCGCCCUCCUCAGCUUCCUCAACGAGAUCCUCCUCGGCCCCCAGGGCCUCCUCAUCCUCCUCCUCUCCCAACAACAGGUUUCAUCUUGAUCAUCAUCAUCAUUCAUUUCAUUUGAUUCAUCUGUCUGAAAUAGGAACACACCAAAUAAAUGUAAUGUAGCAGCAAUGUAGUAAUGAUCGAACGAAAUUCCCUUUUUGUCGCAAUAGAAUUCGCUGCAUACGACAAAAACUGCUGUAAAUAUUCGAUGAAAAGAAAACAAAAACAAAAACAAAUGAAAGCAUUCGAAUUA